CUCAUACUUCCUUGUCAGCCUGCUUGGAUGUAUGCAAUUUUGUGUAAUCUUUCUUCUGUAUGUAAUUGAAUAAUAAUGUUGAUUUUCAGCUAUAAGGAUCGAUUUCUUGCUGCUUUGCCAGCACCUUGUCGAGCAGGUGCUGACUUCAGUCGGCCUGUUUUCACAGCCACUGCAUUCUACUUGUGUACAAAAAGACACAAGGUUUCAACUUCUAUGAAGGACAUAUGCUUUGAUGCUUUCGGUAUUACAAAGGAAAAGAAAGACCCAAAAGCUGUGAAAGGGCACACUGAGAACUAUUAGAUGCAUUACUUAGCAAAAGGAAGUAUGAGGAUGAUGGUGAUGUAUCUGAGGACUCGAUUGAUGAUGAAGAUGGACUUGAGGUGGGCAUGCCCCUAUAAGAUUGCUAUGUUAUACUAUCCCUAGAUGGAUGAUGCAUUUAUUCAUGCUAGUUUGAAAGAUCUGAUAUAUAUGAAUGUGCAUUUAUGCACAAACAUAUCCCUGGCCCUCUCUCACAUUAUGUACUAUCACACACUAAACAAUAUCUGCUUUUGUGCAUCAAAGAAUGUGACUAUAGAGUUAAUUUGCAUGGGAUCUCACCUAACAUGUGCCUUAGAUAAGCAGAAUUGUGACCAACAUUAUCACAUUGA